AGGGAACUGCAUUUCCCAGCAGGCCGUGGGCGCCGGGACUCGGCGCUUCCUCGGUGCGCGGGUGAAGUAGCUGGCUACCGUCCUCCGGUGUGCGGGUGCCUGCAUGGAUCCGGGGAGCCGGUGGCGGAACCUGCCCACUGGGCCUAGUCUAAAACACUUGACCGACUCCUCUUAUGGGAUCCCGCCGGAGGACCAGAAGGCAGCGUUGCAGGAGCUGACACGGGCGCACGUGGAGUCUUUCAACUACGCUGUGCAGGAGGGACUCAGCCACGCGGUGCAGGCUAUCCUGCCCUUUGAAUUUGCUUUCAAAGAUCAGCGUAUCUCUUUCACUAUUGUGGAUGCUGUUAUUAGUCCACCCACAGUUCCAAAAGGGACCAUUUGCAAAGAGCUCAAUGUUUACCCAGCAGAAUGCCGUGGCCGGAGGAGUACCUACCGUGGGAAGUUGACAGCUGAUAUCAGCUGGGCAGUGAAUGGAAUCUCAAAAGGAAUUAUUAAACAGUCUUUUGGCUAUGUUCCAAUCAUGGUAAAGUCCAAGCUCUGCAAUUUGCAUGGCCUUCCUCCACAAGCCCUCAUUGAGCACCACGAGGAGGUGGAGGAAAUGGGAGGCUAUUUUAUAAUUAAUGGCAUUGAAAAAGUAAUUCGAAUGUUGAUUAUGCCUCGGAGAAAUUUUCCCAUUGCAAUGAUUAGACCAAAAUGGAAAACCAGAGGGCCUGGGUAUACUCAGUAUGGAAUUUCAAUGCACUGUGUAAAGGAAGAACAUUCUGCUGUCAACAUGAACCUUCACUACUUGGAAAAUGGUACAGUUACAUUGAACUUUAUCUACCGGAAAGAACUGUUUUUUCUUCCUUUGGGAUUUGCACUUAAGGCACUUGUCAGCUUUUCCGAUUAUCAGAUUUUUCAGGAGCUCAUCAAAGGAAAGGAGGAUGACUCUUUCUUUAGGAACUCUGUUUCUCAGAUGUUAAGGAUGGUAACAGAAGAGGGUUGUUCCACACAAAAACAGGUCCUUAACUAUCUAGGUGAAUGCUUCAGAGUAAAACUCAAUCUUCCUGACUGGUACCCAAAUGAACAAGCUGCAGAGUUCCUGUUUAACCAAUGCAUCUGUAUCCACUUGAAAUCCAAUACUGAAAAGUUUUAUAUGCUUUGUCUCAUGACCCGGAAGCUCUUUGCAUUAGCCAAAGGAGAGUGUAUGGAGGACAAUCCUGACAGCAUAGUGAAUCAAGAAGUCCUCACACCUGGUCAGCUCUUCCUUAUGUUUUUGAAGGAAAAAAUGGAAGCCUGGUUAGUGUCUAUUAAAAUUGCUUUUGAUAAGAAGGUUCAGAAGACCAAUGUGUCCAUGAACACUGAUAAUUUGAUGAAAAUUUUUACCAUGGGAUCUGAUCUCACAAGACCAUUUGAAUACCUUUUUGCUACUGGGAAUCUGCGUUCUAAAACAGGUCUUGGCUUCCUGCAAGAUUCCGGACUUUGUGUGGUGGCUGACAAGCUGAACUUCAUACGUUAUCUCUCCCAUUUUCGCUGUGUGCACAGAGGGGCUGAUUUUGCCAAGAUGAGGACCACCACAGUACGCAGGCUGCUACCAGAGUCCUGGGGCUUCCUUUGCCCCGUGCACACCCCAGACGGGGAGCCCUGUGGACUGAUGAACCACUUAACUGCCAUGUGUGAGGUUGUCACGCAGUUUGUGUAUACAACACCUAUUCCAGCUUUGCUCUGCAGCUUGGGGGUCACUCCUGUAGAUGGAGCUCCCCACCGACCCUAUAGUGAGUGCUACCCUGUCCUGCUGGAUGGUGUCAUGGUUGGCUGGGUGGAUAAGGACCUGGCUCCUGGCAUCGCACAUUCUCUCCGUCAUUUUAAGGUGUUGAAAGAAAAAAGAAUUCCUCCCUGGAUGGAAGUGGCCCUUAUUCCCAUGACAGGAAAAGCAAGUCUGUACCCAGGAUUGUACCUUUUUACCACUCCUUGUAGACUGGUGCGGCCUGUACAGAACUUGGAAUUAGGCAAAGAAGAAUUAAUUGGAACUAUGGAACAGAUCUUUAUGAACAUCGCUAUCUUUGAGGAUGAGGUAAUUGCUGGAGUCACCACACACCAGGAGCUCUUUCCUCACAGCCUGCUGAGCGUGAUCGCCAACUUCAUCCCUUUCUCUGAUCACAACCAGAGUCCACGGAACAUGUACCAGUGCCAGAUGGGUAAGCAAACUAUGGGCUUUCCACUUCUGACUUUUCAAGAUCGAUCAGACAACAAAUUGUAUCGUCUUCAGACUCCACAGAGCCCUUUAGUGAGACCUUACAUGUAUGAUUAUUAUGACAUGGAUAACUACCCAAUUGGAACAAAUGCCAUUGUGGCUGUGAUUUCUUACACUGGCUAUGAUAUGGAAGAUGCCAUGAUUGUGAAUAAGGCCUCUUGGGAACGAGGCUUUGCCCAUGGAAGUGUCUACAAGUCUGAGUUCAUAGACCUCUCUGAAAAAAUUAAACAAGGAGAUGAUAGUUUGGUGUUUGGAGUUAAACCUGGUGACCCACGGAUUCUGCAGAAGUUAGAUGAUGAUGGAUUGCCAUUUAUAGGAGCCAAACUGCAGUAUGGAGAUCCAUAUUAUGGCUACCUAAACCUCAACACUGGAGAGAGCUUUGUGAUGUACUACAAGAGUAAAGAAAAUUGUGUUGUGGAUAACAUCAAAGUGUGUAGUAAUGACACUGGGAGUGGGAGAUUCAAGUGUAUUUGCAUCACAAUGAGAGUCCCUCGGAAUCCAACUAUUGGGGAUAAAUUUGCCAGUCGUCAUGGACAAAAGGGCAUUUUGAGCAGAUUAUGGCCAGCAGAAGAUAUGCCUUUUACUGAAAGUGGGAUGGUUCCGGACAUUCUGUUCAAUCCUCAUGGUUUUCCAUCCCGAAUGACCAUCGGUAUGUUAAUUGAGAGUAUGGCCGGGAAGUCUGCAGCUUUGCACGGCCUCUGCCAUGAUGCCACACCCUUCACCUUUUCGGAGAACUCGGCCUUAGAAUACUUUGGUGAGAUGUUAAAGGCUGCUGGCUACAACUUCUAUGGCACUGAGCGGCUAUAUAGUGGCAUCAGUGGACUGGAACUGGAAGCAGACAUCUUCAUAGGGGUGGUGUAUUAUCAGCGUCUACGUCACAUGGUCUCAGACAAAUUUCAAGUUAGGACCACCGGGGCAAGAGACAGAGUCACCAACCAGCCUAUCGGGGGAAGAAAUGUUCAGGGUGGAAUCCGUUUUGGGGAGAUGGAGCGGGAUGCCCUUUUAGCUCACGGUACAUCUUUUCUCCUUCACGACCGCCUCUUCAACUGCUCUGACCGAUCAGUAGCCCACGUGUGUGUAGAGUGUGGCAGCUUACUCUCUCCGCUGUUGGAGAAGCCACCCCCAUCUUGGUCGGCAAUGCGCAACAGGAAAUACAACUGUACUCUGUGUAAUCGCAGUGACACUAUUGAUACUGUUUCUGUGCCUUAUGUUUUUAGGUAUUUUGUAGCUGAACUGGCAGCGAUGAACAUCAAAGUGAAACUGGAUAUCAUUUAACUAGAUCUAUUGGAUUUUUCAAAAUGUAACUUUAGUUCAGUGAAGAUGUUAUCACUAGAUUACUCUUGUGUUUUUUCAAGUAAGUUGGAAUUCUCACCCAAGACUUAGGGCUGGGUGCAGUGACUGAUGCCUGUAAUCCUAGGACUUUGAGAAGCCAAGGUGGGAAGAUUGCAUGAGGCUAGCAGUUUGAGACCAAUGUGAACAAGAGCAGACCCAAUCUCAACAACAACAACAAAAAUAGAAAAAUUAGCUGGGUGCGGUGGUGCACACCUGUAGGUCCAGCUAUUCUGGAGGCUAAUGCAGAAACCCAGGAAGGGUUGCAAUGAGCUAUGUUGAUACCAAUGCACUCUAGCUGCAUCACCAGAGUAAGACUCUAUCAAAAAAAACAAAGCAAAAAUAAAUAAAUGACUUGGCAACCAAGGUUCUGAGUCUCUCUGGUAUACUAACUACUGAUGUGGCAUUUUGGUAUAUUUGUUUAAAAAUUUCACAUGUAUCUUCUUUAAAAAUGAAAUAUUGAUAUGUAGAAGGACAGAUGUCUCUUUUCCAGCCAGACGUUCCCUAUUCCCUGCUUUUAACAGGCAGUGAGUGACCAGCACAUGCCUGUUAGUAGUUAGAACAGAGCGGUACAAUACAAAUACAAUGUAAGCCAUGGUGGUCAGUUUGUAUGUUCUCAUAGCCACGUUUUUUACUUUAGUAAAAACAAAGAGGUAGAGUUCAGGUCAAUUCUGACCUUAAAAAAGACAGUAUUUUUUUUAAAGCACUUUAUUGAAGUGUAAUUGUUAUACAAAAAACUGUGUUAUACACGUGUUUACACAAUUUGAUGGGUUUGAAUAUAUGGAACUAUGUUUAUAACUAUGAUUAUCACCACAAAGUUAUAAACAUAUUCAUCAUCUCUAAAAGUGUCCUUCUGCCCCUUUGCUUUUUUGGUUUGUGUUGUGGUAAGAACACUUAAGAUCUCUCUUUUUUUUGAGACAAAGUCUCACUUUUUCAACCUUGGUAGACUGCUGUGGCAUCAUAGCUCACAGCAACCUCCGUCUCUUGGGCCCAAGUGAUUCUCUUGUCUCAGCCUCCCGAGUAGCUGGGCUAUAGGUGCCCACCACAAUACCCAGCUAUUUUUAGAGAUGGGGACUCGCUCUUACUCAAGCUGGUCUCAAACUGUGAGCUCAGGUAAUCUACCCCCCCUCCCAAAGUGCAAGGAUUAUAGGCUUGAGCCACCUCGUCUGGCAACUCAAGAUCUCUUUUAACAAACUUUUUAAGUGAAUAAUAUACAGUAUUAACUAUAGGCACCAUAUUGUACAGCAGAUCUCUAGAACUUAUUCAUAUAAUUAAAGUUUUUUAUCUAUUGAACAACACCUCUCCGUUGCAGCCACCCUUCUACCCUGUUGUUCCAUGUGUCUGACUAUUUUAGAGGUUUCUUGAUCCACAAUUUUGGAAAAAGCUGUCCCCUUCAUGAAGUAGCUUGCUUCAGGGACCUGGGAACUGGCCCUGGAAACCCUUACAUUCAGGUCAUCUGUAGUGGUGGUCCUCCAAUUAUCCCAGUGUAGUUUGGUGUGGCAUGCAUGAAUCCAGGAAUUUUUUUUUUUGAGACAGUGUUACUUUGUCACCCUCGGUAGAGUGCGUGGCAUCAUAGCUCGCAGCAAGCUCCAACUCUUGGGCUCAAGUGAUUCUCUUGCCUCAGCUUCCCAACUAGCAGGGACUACAGACACCCACCACAACAACUAGCUAUUUUUAGAGGGGGGUUCUUGAUCUUGCUGGGGCUGGUCUUGAAUCUGAGAGCUCAGGCCAUCCUCCUGCCUCCGCCUCCCAGAGUGGUGGGAUUACAGGCAUGAGCCACCAUGCCCAGCAGCUAAUUUUUCUAUUUUUGGCAAAGGGGCCUCACUCUUGCUCAGGCUGGUCUCAAACUUGUAGCCUCAAGCAGUCCUCUUCCCUUGGCCUCUCAGAGUGCUAGGAUUGCAGGGAUGAGCCACUGUGCUGGCCCUUCAGAGAUGUGGUGAGAUUUGCAAAUAGUGCACUGAGAAUAAUUUGGUCGGACAUGUUGUAAAUCCCAACUGUAUAUAUAUUUUUCUUAAUUAUCUCCCAUUUGCACAUAUGUUCCACCUAAUGGGAGGUAAAUGCAAGCCAAAAAGUUAAAAGAAGAGGGGCCAUGGGGAGUCUGUUUGACCCACUAUAUAAUCCCUCUACUAAUUAUUUACCGACAAUUUGUGUUCACUGUCUCUUCAGAUUGUGGGGCAUCAGAACAAUAAUAAUAUCAAACGUGGACAAGGACGGGGUAAUAAAUGGAACAGGGAAAGGAUAGAGAGGGGGCAUUUGGCCACAUAUUUGGGGGCGAUACAGUAUCCUUAGUGUGGACUGGACAAGGAACAAUAGCAAUCUUAGAAGGAAGGUGAAUAGCUUGUAAUAGGGCAGUAGUUACAGGCCCACUGGCAAUACAAGUGUCCGAAGUUAAGAAACUAUGAGAUUUCUAAAUUGUGUCAAUUGCAAGGCAAACUCCAAAGGCAUAUUUGGGGUCUUUAUAAACAGCAGCAACUUUGCCUUCUGCCAACGUGCAAGCCUAAUGAGGGCUAUGACAUAACUGUCUCAAAGUGUUUUAGGAGAGCUUUUGAGCACGCUGAUAUAUUUUAUGUCCUAAGUAACAGUUGUCUGUACCCACUGGAAUUCAGACCUAGAGGCUUUACGUCCUCAUUUAGCUAGAGUCUUUAGAUGAAUGAGGGAGUCUAUGAGAGCACUCCAUUCACAGAAUAAAAGAGCAACCUACUGAACAAGGGUGGAUCCUUGGGUAAAGGUUAUAGAAUCUAAAUCGGCUUUGAGAAUUAGAAUAUUGAAGGAGACUCAGUAUCUCUGAGGUAUUCGGGUCUGUGUUAAUUAUUUCCUUCUGAAGGUGAAUGUAAAGCAAAAUUGUGAAUCAGGGUGUGAUAGAAUCAAAAAGAAAGCUGAGCAGAGGUCAAUUACUAUAUUAUUAAAAUCAUGUAACUAAAAGG